GCAAAAUGCAGUAGAACAGGGACAGAGACAGAGCUGGCAAUCAUCUCGGUGCAGGCUGCUGAAUGUAGGGGGUGGGGGGGAUGCAGCAAAGCAAGAUUAAUAACCUUGCCAUAAUCCUGUGCACCCUGGAAGGAGAUACCUCCGGUGACUGAGCUGUUCUUGUCUUGAUUAAUUGGACUGAGUGAAUGAGUGGCUGGCAAUCCACCUGGUUUGGAGGCAACCCCCUGGUUUUGCUGCUCUCUGAAUCCUCUACCCAUCUGGGAAGGUAACAGUGAGACAUACCAUCUGCAGCACACACAGCAGCUAUUGGAGGCUACUACUGACAGUUUGCACUACAGUUUUUUGGUGAGCAAGAAGGCAGGUAUAUUGUACAGUAGGAUAUUUCUGUGCUCAAGCUACUGAAUUUCACAAUCUGGUCCUUCAGCAACCCCCUACGCUCCCUUUCCAAUUGCCUUUGAGUUCUGGGCUUACUUUUGGCAUAGUCUCCUGGACGCAUUUUGCUGGGGAUAGAAGAGCAGUAAAUGGAACCUCUGAAAACUAAUUGUUUUGCUUCUGUGUGACUCGAGAAAGAAAAAAGCUUUAAGAAUCACAUCCACUUUGAGGAAUUUAAAUUUCUCUCUGAGAAGUUUAUAGAGGAACUGUACUAAAGAAAUGAAUUCCUUUAUUGCAAGAAAUUGUGGUUAUUUAUUGAUUCAGAAAGAAAACAGACUGAUGUUCUCUUGGGUCUUCUGAACUUCACAUAAUCACAGUCUUUAGAAAAAUAACUGCUACCUUUUUUGAGAGAAAGAUCUAAUGGGAUAGGGAAGUGGGAACUCAUUACUGAAAAACACCCGAGUGAUUUGGAAGAUAGAUUUUCAUGUCGCCAGCUGAUCCCUGAGGCUCAACAUCCAUCCUUUGAACAGAGAGUUAAGUAAAACCUGAGAAGAUGUUUUCCAUGUUGCUCUUUUGAAAGGGACCUUGCUGACUAACUGAUUUAAUGGGCAUAUCUGUUUACAGGCACUUCUGUGUUUUCCAGUACAGUAAAUGCUUUUCCUUGUAGAGAAGAAAUAGCUUGGUGGUUUUUUUUGCUUCUGUCUCUUGAGUUUAGCUGUGUGAUAUUCCCAUUAUACUCUGCACUGCUGAUGCUUGACAUGUAGGAGUUGAAAUAAUCAGAACUGAUUGGAAUAAUCAGGAUGCAAUAGCUCAAUAUUGUACCAUACAAAAAGAUUCUGUAGGCAGAGGUGCUUUAGUCUCCGCUGUUUCCCUAAUUUCCUUUACACUGCAAUGAUUAUUUUCUUUAAGACAUUUGUGAUGGUUUUUCCUCUUUAGUACUUCCAAAAUAUUUUAUUUAGAAAAGAAAAAUCUGAUGUACCUUAUGUUUACUGGUAUAUUAAAGCAUGUGCUUCAAGAUAGCAGCUGGGUUGUAUGAAUAAUUAGUUUUGUUUCUCAGGAUAAAUAAAGGAUGAUUCAACCAAAAAUUACACAAGUCUUCUGUUUUAACUUUAUUCAAAAUAUUCUUUUUUUUUUGUUUGUUUUUAACAAUAAUGUCUAUCAUUUUUGUAGGGAACACAGGAAGAAAAUAUGGUUGUGAGAAGACAAAACCAAGUUUGUAUUAGAAAAAACAUUAGGAGCCUUUGAAAUAAAUAUUUCCAUGAACACUUUUUCAAAGUGGCUAUAAAAUAAUAAUAACUUGUUCAAUUCUACAAACAGAAUAAAUCUUCUGCUUAAUAUGUCAUAGACAGCUACUCUGCUGUCAUGUAAAAUAUUGGAGGACAUUAGACUGGAUAAUCUAAUGAUUGGUGGAAACAGUGGGGGUCACUUUGAUAUUGUCAAAGUAGUUUGCAUUCAGAUAGUUGGAAUUGUUGGGUCAUUUAAUUAUUUCUAAAAUAUAUUAUAUGCCUCAUUCCUUUCUCCUUGGAUUUGGGGUCUAGUCCUCUGCCUCUGCAGUUUUGAGUUUUAGAUUAUUCAUGCACCCAUUUCCCCAGGAAAAAAAAGGUUAAAAUGAACCGAGGCUGAGAGAGUUGAGACUGUUUAGCCUGGAGAACACAAAUUUCAGGAGGGAAAUGUAUUGCCUAUUAAUACCUUAAAGGAGACUAUAAAGAAGACAGAGACAUGCUCUUUUCAGCAUUACCCAGUAAGAGGACCAGAGGCAAGAGGCACAAACUGGAACACAGGAAGUUUGCUAAGAACACCAGAAAAGCACUGGAAUAGGUUGAAGUACUGGAAAAGGAUGUCAUGGAGUCUCCCUCUUAGGAGAUUUUCAGAAGCCAUCUGGAGACUGUCCAUCUUACACGUUAAGAUGUUAGUAUAGCUUUGUCAUUGUUUGGUGGUGCUGUUGAGUUUCCACCAAUGAAAGCAGCAGUAUUGCUAUUGAUUUCAAUGACAGAAGUAGGUGCUUAGUUCGGAGUUCUAUUUUUUUAUUAUUGUUUUGAAUACAGGAUUAAAGAAGAAUUAGAACUGGGAACUUCAAUUUGAAAGUUGUAUUUCUGGUUUAGCUGAUGGCUUGCCCUGUGACCUGGGGCAAACAGUUUUAAAAAUUUGUGCCUUCAUUUUCCAGUUUGUAGAACCCAGACAAUAAAAUGUAUCCACCUUGCAGGGAUGUUGUUUCAAUUAGUGCUUGUGAAAUGCUCUGAGAUCCAGAGAUAAAAGGCAGGGUAGCAAUAGGAACUAUUGUUAUUUUUAUAUCAUUAUAAUACAUGUUAGCUCUUUUAUAUCAUUAUUAUACGUGAAAUUAAUCUUUAUCUAUCAAGAGACUUAUAACUCACUCCUGGCUACCUCUUUUGUGCAUUGUCCUUUCCUCUCUUUACUGAAGAUAUAUGUCACAUUGGUAUAUAAUUGUAGUGAGUUUUAUAUCUCUGUGCACUGUUUCAUGAGAUAAUAGAUAUUUUUUAAAGCUGGUGGAAAUAAUUUUUGCUUGUUGACUGUACUGAUUUUACUUGGGUGAUAUUAGAUAUUUUAGCUGUUUUAAAAAUAUAUUGUAAUUAAUAAUUCAUUGUUUUUAAGUGGGACUAAAAUAAAAUGCUGUGUCAUAUGGCAUUAUAGCAAUUUUUUUAAGUGUACCUGUAUGAAAAUCAUAAUGUGCACUUGCUUUAGUAUCUGUAUUAUUGCAUAUCAAACCUUAGAAUAGGUAUGAUAUGUCACCUUGAAGAAUGAAACUUAUUUACUGCACACAAUGUCUAAUAUAUUACUUUUAUUGUAUCUGAAUUGAAGCAGGGUUUGUUACAUGACAUUUACUUGCAGGCCUGAAUCCCUCAAGUAUUAAUCAAACAUAUUGCAUAAUGCCAAAACCGUUUUGAAGAGAAAAAGCUAUGCAAAGUAGUAUUAACAAUAGGUGAUGUGGAGUCGACUAAUUGAUGUUCUUGCCUUAUGUAUCAGGUCAUUUUUAGUGGCAGGUAACUUGGCGAAUGAUGGUGAAGGGCCUGGAGGGGAAAACAUCUGAGGAGGUUGAGAUCACUUGGUCUGUUCACCCUGGAGAAAAGGAGACUGAGGGGAGACCUCAUUGUGGCCUAAGCUUCCUCACAAAGGACAUUGGAGGGGCAGACGUUAAACUGUUCUCUCUAAUCACAAUAAACUGUGUCAUGGGAGGUUUAGGUUGGAUAUUAGGAAAAGGUUUUUCACCUAUAGGGUGUUUGGGCACUGAACAGGCUCCCCAGGAAGCGGCCACAGCACCAAGCCUGACAGAGUUCCAGAAGUGCUUAGACAGUGUUCUCAGGCAUUUGGUGUGACUCUUGGGGUGUCCUGUGCAGUGCCAGGGGGUGGACCUGAUGAUCCUUGUGGAUCCCUUUUUAUUCGGGUUAUUCCAUGGAUCUCUCCAUCAUGUGCAAAUAAUUUUCUAUUAAUAUUAUCAACUAAUAUUAGUUAUUUAAAUUGAAUAAUACUAAUUUAUCAUUGAUUGUUUAAAAUUGUUUCAUGCAAAUUAUAUUAUUUUUGAACACUGUUAUUUAGACAGCAUAAAUAAUAAGCAGAUAUGUAAAGAAUAUAUUUGAUUUUGAAAUCUAAUACAUUUUUAAUUGUUUUUCUUUAUGUAGUCAUCAUAUGGUGCAUAAUGGUCAGCCCAAGUUAUUACUAGAUCAUAAAGACAAGUGGAUGAUGGACAAAUGACUGCUGCAGAAACUAACAGGGACUUCAGUUAAGGUGUUGCUGCUCUGAACUGCAUUUUUUACCAGUCUCUGUCCUCUUAUCUCUUGGGCCAUAGGACCGAUUUUUCAGUGAACCUCAGAAGCACUUUAGUGUGGUUUGUGUGGUUUUGGGUUAAAACAUUCCAUAUCCUUCCAUGCAACAGUUUGCAGUCGCAGUGGAGGAGCAUUACAUACAUGCUACUUCUGUUGUUGGGUGGAAAGCUGUAGCAAGGAGGUUGUUAGAGUGGAAAACAGAAAGUUACACAGUCAUAGGGGCUUUUUGCAAUUGUUUGACCAAAGACAGAUUUCAGCCUCUUGUGAUUUAAGUUAAAAAGUGGUUAAUACUUAAGUAACAUGACAUGUUUAUGUAUCUGUAUCUGUGAAUACAGGUAUCUAUAAAACUGUUUGCACUGUGAAGAUUGAAUCCUGAGGUGAAUAUUUGCAGACUGAAGUGAAUUUUUCUGAUCUCGAUUAAUUAUUAUGCUAUUUCAUUUCUAAGAGUAUGUUUUUUCAUCAAAAUCCAUGUCAUUUUACAAGUGUGUUAUACUGCUAAUGGUGAGUAAUAGGAGAUUAAUUAAGCAUCGCUUCUGCCACAAACAAAUACUGUACCAUAUGUUUUUCUUUUGCAUUCUUCUUUUGCAUUGGUUUUACACAUGGAAAUAAAAGAAGCACUAAAUAAAAGGAAUCUCUAAUGGCAUUAAUGUUGCCACUUUUACUUUGAAUGGAUGUUUUGCGACCAUUUUAACCUCAAGCAAAGAAACUGUUGCCCCACUCAGCCUAACUUAAUUGAUGUCACAGCUAAACAGAAGUGAUUCAUCCACAGCAACUCUAAUGUUUUCAUGGAGUUAAGUACAUAAUGAGAUAAAGAGUACAUUCUACUCAUGCAGAGUCUUUAAUGUGGAAGUUAAAGUGUCUGCUCACAAAAUAAGACUUUUAACAACUGACAAUUUUGGUCUUGAACGUGCUUCUUUCCUACUUGCACAAACACUGAAACAUUUCAAUGGUCUGUACUUAUAUUUUGCAAGACAGACUUCAGAAGACAGUUCUUAGUAUCCCUCUAAAAAAAAAAAAAACAAACCCAUAAAACAACAGAAUGCUCUGAAGUAGAAGAAAGCUUGAUAAAGGUCUUUCAGAAUAUUUGAACUUGACAGAAAUAUUGUUCUCAGUAGAAGCUUUGCCUUGGAUUGAAAUGGAGUCAGGGUUCAAUCUCUUCAGUCUAAGUACAUGAUACUUUAUCCAAACUGGGAAAGUAAAGUGAUGUGUGCAUUUUUAUUUUAUUUUUAAUUCAGACAUUGAAUUUGUGGUUUGAGGUUUUCUUCAGGCAUGGAAAACACUCUUUAGAAACUGUAUUUAUCCAUUGACUUUCCUGGUAAUGUUUCAAAAUCCCUCUCUAGUCAUAAAUUUGUGUCUUCUUAUUAAAAUAAUUGACCUUCAUAAAAAUGUGUUAGUUGUUCCUUUCCUUUUUUCCCUCUUUCCUUUUUUUUUCCUUCCUAUUGCCAAUCAUACAUCAAACUGGUGACUAUCAUGUCAAAUACAAUGUAUGAAUAGUUUGGCGCAGUUUAUGUCCUGCAGAUUUUAUCAGUGAUUGUUUCUAAGUGACUAUUUUUAAUUAGGACACCAAUAGGAAUAUCAUUCAUUACUGAGUUGUAUCUAUCAUGUAUGUGGCUUGCUUCUUUCUUUCCUUACACCCACCUGCCUAUAUUAAAAAAAAAGAAGAAAAAAGAAUGAUUUUUUUAGCAAGGUAUUUGAUUGAUAUUAAAGUGAAUUAUAUAAAAGAAAACUUGUCAGGAUUAGCAGGUUUCUGAAAAUACUUUGCAGCAAGUUGCAUUUGCUAAAACAGUACUAAUGAAAGUCACAAAGUUCCUUUCAUUUGAUGAUAAUGAAAUUAUGCAUUUUAGUUACACAUUGUUCAUUAAGAAAAAAUCACUUUGCUGCUGCUAAGCAUUUUUUUUUUUUGAUGCACAAUCUUUUAUUAUGUCUUCCCAGGGAUAUUUUUGUUGAGAUGUUAUUAAGCAAGAAUAGCAGUGCACAUAAGAGUUCUCAUAAGAGAUAAUAACCUUUGUGCAGAGUUGGACUGCCAGCUUCCUGAAGCAGUAAGGUAUUGAACUCAUGCUUAAGUGGGGCUGUAUUUGAGCUGUACUUAAAAAGGCUGGAAAAGUUACUCCAUUCAAACUGGAAAAAAGAUUUGAGAAGUAUGAAGGACAGAAAGAAAGGAGAACAUAAAUGGAAGAGAGGAUGCAAUGUAUGCAAACCUAUUUCAUAGAAAGGACAGGGGAGGGUUCAAGUGAAAAAUGAAGCUUGUACAAUCUUUAUGUCUGGUAAUGUUAGUGAAUUACCCUCUGAUGGUAUAAACAGAUGAGUCAGAAACAGGAUGAUGAAACAGAUUUCAAAAUAAUGAGUAAAUUUUUUAGUAUAGCAAACUGCUGGUUUAUCCUGCUGUUGGAACAGUAAUUUAUACAGAGAGCUGGUGAAUAUUAAAAUGGUAAUCAAAAUUAUGAAUCAUAUAUGCUUAAUGAGACAUUUGAUGUGAGAUGCAAGUUUGCAUUGAAAUGAAAUUCCACAUUGCAGAGUGAAAGGUGUAGCCCACCAUCACAACAUUUAUGAGAGUAUGGAUUAAUGAAAGAAAUGUCACAAUUCUGACCGUAUGUGGUAUGGAUUUGCUUAUCACAAUUGAAUUCACUGGUGCCUUGGAAGAAAGACAAGAAAAGCUGUAUAGGCUCUUGUUGUCUUAAAGUGUUUCUGUGGCCUGCAGAAAGUACUGCAACUCUCAAGUUAAAAGAAUUAAAUUAAAAUUGAUCUAAUUAAAUUAUUAUGUUGUUGAGAAAGCAUCAUGUUGCUUUUGCUCACAAAAACAUGGUAAUGUUGUUAUUCAAAAAAUGCAUUUGCUCACAUUCAUGAACAAUUUUCUAGUCUUUUUUAGCAGAGUAUUUUAUCCUGAAAAGGUGCCAGUCUGCCAAAAAGUCAAAAUUAUUUUUAUUUAAUUUUCAUAAUCUAAAUUAAUGUCAGGAGUAAGACUUUUUGGAUGGUGAAAUGUAAUUUCUAUACAGUAUUUACCUCCAAAACACUUGAGGAAAAAAACCCAACUAAAUCCCUAUGGAACAUAGGAUUUUUCUAAUGGAGCAUUUUUGUCCAGUAUUACAUGAGAGAGGCAAGUUAGAGGCUACCUCUUUAUUUGACUGAUGCAAUAUUUUUUUUCCCAUUAAAGAGAGACUGUCCAUUAGAAUACAGUCUGGGCUAUGCAUUAUAUAUUCAUAGAGCAACAUAACUAUUGUUCCUAGAGAAAAAUUAGAGGAAAUUUAUCCUGGCACAAAGGAAGUAGAUUUGUUGUUUCCAAAUUAUUGAUAACAAAUUAUUUCUAUAGGCUGAAAAAAGAAACACAGAUUUAAUGAAAGAUUUCUGUAGGGAAUUUUUAGAUCAUCCUGAAGUGUGUUGGUCUGUGAAGGCAUUAAGUAGUUUAUAAUACAUAUUGUACUUGGAAUUUCUAUGGCAUUACAUUAUAUAAUCAGGGAUGCUGCAGAUUCUUCUGUUGUUAUAUUUAAUAAAAUCUGAAGGCUUCAGUACAAAAAACAUGCAUUCCUUAAAUAGCAGAUUCAUUUAGAAGUGAGUAGUCUUGGUCAAUGGUCAUUAACAUCAGGCAAUGGCAAUUCAUUUGUGCUUGUUUAUUUUUCUUUGGUUGUUUUUUUUUUUGUUGUUGUUGUUGUUGUUGUUUGGGGUUUUUUUCUUGUUUGGGUUGUGGUUUAGUUCCAGCUGGCAACUAAGCCAGACACAAGGGGAUGUGGGAGAGAUUUAGAAGAGCAAAAGAGAAUAAACUUUUGGGUUGAGAUAAAGACAAUUUAAUUUUUUAUUAAAAAUAAUUUAAUAGGUAAAGCAGAAGCUGUCCUCCAAGCAAAGCAAAACAAGGGAUUAAUUCACUGUUCCCGUGGGCAGAUGUUGAGCCACACCCAAAAAAGGCACUGCCCCAUCACAUGCGAUGGUUACUCGGGAAAACAAACGCUAUCACUCCAAAGGUCCCCACACUACCUUCCUCUUUCCCCAGAUUUAUAUGCUGAGCAUGACACCAAAUGAUCUGAAAUAUCCCUGUGGUCAGUUGGAGUCAGCUGUCCCAGCUGUGUUCCCUCCCAGCUUCUUAGGCAUCCCCAGCCUCCUUGCUGGGGAGAAGCAGAAAAGGCUCUGAAACUCUGCAAGUGCCAUUUGGCAGUAACAAAAACAUCUCUGUAUUACCAACCCUCUGCUCAGCGCAAAUCCAAAACACAUCCCCAUACUAGCCACUUGGAAGAAAAUUAACUCUGCCUUAGCCAAAACCAGCACAGUUUUCUUUUUCUAUGUAUUGGCCUUCAAUGGUGACCAAGAGCUACAUAGAUGAUUUGUGGGCAUUUCCAUAAUUUGUUAAAUUGGUCAAACUCCUGUGAAGAUUCCUAUGCAUUGUUAAUUUAGAUUACAAUUUGAGGUUGGGGAAAGAAACAAAAUGUCAUUUUUUAUAAUUAGCUGGAAUCUCUGUAAAAUACAUUUCCAUAUAUUUUGAUAGAAAUUUUACAUGAGUGUUCAAAUUCAGGAAUCAUUGUGUAGUUCUUAUGUCUGUUCUAUGUAUUGUGGAAGUACUAAUGUUUCAUCACUUGGAGUUAUUAGACCAUGGUUUUUAAUGUUCACUACUCUCUGCCAGCCCCCAUCCCCCUAUUCUGCUCACAGAAAUAUUUUCACAACUUAGUUCACAACAGUGUGGAUGAUUUCGGGAGAGGAAGCUUAGUACAACAGACUUUACUCUCCAGUACUGAUAUUUGCUAUGCAAAGUUCAGAGAAUCAGAAAAUUAGUGUUAAAAGUGGUUGAGAUAUUUUUCUGUAGAUAGGAAGGGAGCAAUUGUAUUAAAUGUCAUAUUUUCUGUUUUCGCUUUUGUGAAUGUGACAGCUCUGUAAAAUGCUGCCAACAUUUGUAUGGUGCCAUAAAUGUAUCUAACAACUAGCCUUCAUCUUCUCUUAUAACAAGACAUGAAUUAAGUAUGUUUACAGUUGGCAGCAAUCCAUUUCAGUGCUGGGAUAUAGUAUUGGAAUUAUGUGCUUCUCUCCAGCCCUUUCUCUCCUGCCCUUUAAAGAGCAUGAUGAAAUUCACACAGUUUAAAAGGUAUUAUAUGAAAGAAAAAUUGUAAGCCUUUGUCUUUUGACAAUAGAAGAAAAUUACUGACCAUUUAUAUAUGUGCUUUGUUCAAAUAAGUGAUUCAUAUUUGAGUAUUCAUAAUGUCUUUUGUUAGUUUCAGUGAAAAGGAAGAACAACAUGAAAAAUAUAGAGACUCACACUAUAAAAAUAUUAUUAAGUUAUAUGUUUUAGACUAAAAGUAAACAUCCAUCGCUGUUCCUCCUUUCCAAAUUUUCCUCUAGUAAUUCAAGUCAAAAAGAAAAUAAACAAUAUAGUAGUAGAAAAAUGCCUUAGAUUUUUACAUUGUUGUUUUUGUACAUUUAGCAUGGCACCAUUGAGCUUGUAUUGGCUCAAAUAAUGGAAAUCAGUUUCAUGAGGUAUUUAUUCUACAACAACUUAAUUAAUCUGCAAAAAUUAUGCUACAAUUUUCAUCAAAAGUAGUGCAGUUACUGUAAAAAAAUUGAGAUGGAAUUAUGAUGGAAUUAUGGGUGAUUUAAACUUUUGCCAUGUGAGGCAUGACAUGAAGAGCUUGGUAUAAUUUGUAACAAGAGAACAGGUAAAGGUCCAUUGAUGACAGUGCCUCAUUCUCUGGACCAGUCUGGAUGGCUUUUGCUCUAUAGAAAGAGAGGACGAGCAGGAUAUGCUCCAUUUAAAGGUAAAAAGCAGUAAUUUGUUGUCUGAGACAUGAAGGAUUAACUGGAAUUAGCAAUAAGCUUAGGCUGACCACUAACAUGCUUCAUCAUCCUCGAUGAGGCAAGUGGGGUGGGUCAGGGUCAGUUGCUGUGGCUGUGUGGAAUAGGAUGGCCUGUGAUGUUCCUGUAUUGCCAUGUUUGAACUCUAUUUUCCCCCUUAGGUAUUUAUACAUUUUAUUGCAUCAGUGUUUUUUCUCUUAAAACCUGAGAUGCCCCAUAGUUCUUUUCUUCUCUAUUUUACCUCUGCAGUUUUACCUUUCACAUCUCACUUGACUAUAGGCUAUGUAGUUUGUCACAGCUCCUUCCUGUAAAAGAAUAGGUUUCUUAAAAGUCUUAGCCAAUGUUAUGCAUGAGUUAAAACUAGUAUGGAGUCACAGAAAAAUGAACCCCUCCAGAGAGAAAUAGAGAUCUAUUCUUCGAUUUCAGGGACUGAUCUACAGCUCAAACCUGAAGUGGCCUUGAUUCCAUUAAGCCAAUAGUAGUGUUACUGUGGAACUAAUGAGGCCUAAAAUUUUCCCUUGAGUCUCUAGGUGCUCAUUCCUGAGAAUUUUCAGCAAUUACUCUGUUUAACAGCAUUUUAAAUUAAUAAUAGUGGUUUUAUUUGGAUGUAUAUUUGAUAAGUAAUGCUGCUUGUUCAAAGAUGAUGUGCCUAUCUUUGUUUUUUGUUUGUUUUUUUUUUUAUGUACAUUCUUUAACUCAUUUAACCAAUAAAAAGGUGACACAUUUCCCAAGAGCUAACCUAAUUUUUAGAGGCAGGAUUCCACAAAUAUUUUGGGUUCUUGAAGCGUCAGAGAAAAGUAACAUGGGCACAAACUUAGAUUAUAGUGGAAAAGAGUUUAUACACUAAUAAACAGAGGUUUGCAUUUGGGCUGACCAGGAUGAAAGUUCUGUUUUGAAUGUUUCCCUUCUUGAUUUCCAGAGAACUAUAACAAGUGCAGUGACAAGGUUGCCAAAUGGAUUGAUCUUUUCCUUGUCUUUCCUUUUCAACUCUACACAUCUCAUCCACUGAGUGUUUCCACAAUAUUUGUUAGCAUACUCUUCCCUCAACUUUGAAACAGUACCAGGAACUGAAAGAAAUGGCUGAAGAGGAGACAUGAUUAGGAAAUGAACCACUGAAUUUGUAGGAGGAUACAAAACUCUUCAGUCUCUCAUCCAGCCAUGACCUGCUUGUCAUGGAAUGUCAGUGUAAUACUCUUCCUUCUAAUGUGUUGCUGACUCUAAUGUGUCUGCAUGGGAAAAAAAAAUUAAAAAAUGCUUUAAGCUCUGCUUUUGGAAUCUAUCCAGAAAUAUUUUUCCCUAAGCUUGUAAGAAACAGCUGCCAGGACUUCACGAGUCCCUAAAUGUCCUCCUCAUAAACAUUGCAUUAAUAAUGUGCUUGGUCAAUAAUUUCACAGAGGACUGAUCCGAGGAUAUACAGAGAGGAAACCAGGAUAUGAGGGAUAAUGCUAGACUUCCUGCCAAAAAGAAAAAAAAAAAAAGUCUUUGUUUCAUGCUUCAUUGUCAGAGUUAGUUUAACUGAUUGGUUGUGAAAGUGGAGUAUAUGCUAUAGGUAUCUCCAGUAUCACCUGUCUUUCCUCUUAAUAUAUUGAGAAGUCUGUUUGCAAGUCUAGAGCUUUUCCCCUCUGUUGUAAAGUCAUGGCUGGGCAAGCCCAGCCCCUGGACUUACACCUCAGCUGCAUAUUUCUGAGAAGUUUAGAAAUUCAUAUCAACUUUUAAAACUAAAUAAAAGUUAUAGCAGCAUCCAUUGUAUCUGAAGGUUUUUUUUCAUAUAAAAAUGGUUUACUGAAUGCCGGAAGAACAGAGACACAAACAGGAUGUGAAAAGACUAUAAAGAAAAUGCUGUGGACUGAAUUGCCUGGCCUAAACUAGAUCAAAUUUCAUGUUUGUUUUGGAACAAAAUUAAUUGUGUAUUAGUUGCUUUUGCAAAAAUCUGAGCACCAUUGGAUAACAAAACUUUAAAGAGAACUAUAAUCUAUUUAUUAGUGGCAUAUGUGAUUCAGUAGGUGGUGCUCUUCCCUCUACAGAUAAUUUAUGAAUCAAACAUUGAGGGUGUGGUAGAACAAUGCCUCAUACACCUUGACCCCAGAUGUCUGUGUUUUUUUAGUUAUUCAAUAGACCAUGUCACAACAAUAAUGACAGUAAGGAUAAAUAGCAUGUUUCAGAUGAAGUUUGGAUUUUUCUAUGUGUGCGUAUCUUUCCUCUUGCUUCUUCCCCUCAGGUGUAAGCAUGGACUGGGGCCUGAAUAUUCUCUUAGUCCUGUACCCCAAAGCAGUUCUGAGCAUCUCUGACUCAAGUGACCAUGUUGACAUGUUUCUAUCUCAUUUGCCUAGCAGGUUUCUUAAUCAUAAUUAGUCAUAUCUCUUAUAUCUUCUUUCUCCUUCACUGAAGGAUCAGCUGUUCUGUUGCUAAUGAAUAUUCCUUCCUUGUCCCAUUGCCCCUUAGGGCCCCCUUCCGCCACCACCACCACCACCACAAAAACAAAACAAAAAAAAAUAGAAGAAGAAGCCAAAAACUCUCAUAAUUUUCUCAGGUAUGGAUAACAAUCUAACAGAGUCUCAUGAGUUUUCAUGUACUCACAUUUCAUCUAUACAUUCCUUGCAAUAUUUUGCUAGCAAUAGCCCCUCCAGCAGGCUCUUCAGAACCCAAGAAAGCAGGACACUAAUGAGGUCUCAGGUCUUUUUAUACCAUUAAUGCAUUGAAAGGAAUCCCAGAUUUAAUUCUGGAUGCUUGUGAAUUCUAAUAAAUAUUCAUUCCACCAGUCCUUUCUCAGGCACCUCAACUACUUUUUUACGCUUAUGAUUCAUGUAGUUGGAGAAAAGACCUCAGAAGAUGAUUGUGGAAAGCUGCUCAUGGGAAAUGUGUGCAUUCCUGUUGGCACUCCUUUGAGUGCUAUCACACAGCAGCCAGUCAGCUGCACUUAGCAUCUGGAAUCUAAAAGGAAUGAUCUUGCACUUCCAACUUAGAAUUUAGAGGUGCCAAACAGGUACCAUUGAAUUGUUAGGUCUUCUUUGACCUUACUAAGCUACGUAUAAACAUGUAAUAUUGACUCAAGUUUUUCUGAGUCAAGGUAUAACUUUAAAUACAAACACAUGGCAGUAUUUGGUGAGUUAGUAAUGUUCCAUUCUCUUGUCUUUUUCACUUCUGCUUCAGGGGCUCAGCCACGAAGAGUGACCAAAGUCUCAUGGGCUUCUCUGUCAGUGUAAUGCAAACUUGUACACAUGAAACCAUAUUUCUGUAGGCAUGUGAACAUAAGCUUAUACAGACAUAAUUUUUACAGGAAGAUUAAAUUUUUUUUAUGUGAGGCAUAUGAGUCUAGCUUAAAGUCUUCUAUAAAUGAUGCACAAUGAAUUUAGGCUGCUGAAGUGCUUUGACGUUAAAUGAAUCCUGUUUAUGUACAGCAGUCGUCAUAAAAAUGUCAACUCCUGCCAGAAAAUCAUUAUAGAUUCAAUUUUUGUUUUGAAGGAACAUUCUUCUGGAUUGUUGGCAUUCAUAUAUCUGUUGACAGUUUUUGAUUUUUAAUAAUUAUUGCAUGUUUCUUCUUUUUAUCAUAAGUUCUUCUGUUUUGACUAUAGCUAAGGCAUUAUUGUGUUUCCAAUAAUUUUUCUUUUGAGACUGAGUGUCUAAAAACAUGGUAAAAGGUAAGUAGAUCUUUAAGACUGUUCUAAGCUUUUCUUUUGUAUGAUAUGUGAUACUAAUAAUGCCCUACAGUAAAAUGAUCUAAGAACUUCAUUAUGAUAGUUUCAUGAUUCAGAAAGAAAACAUGACAGCUGUAUAUUAUUUCUAAUUGAAAUUACCAAGCUUCUUAGCACCAUGCAAGUGAGUCUUUGAAACAGAAACUAUUCAAUUUAGAUUAUAUGGAUUAUAAUUAAAUCAUUUUACAUUUGCAGGAGCAAUUGCUAUCUUAUUAAGGCCUUUUCACAGAACAGUAAUGCCAUAUGUCUUUGCAUCUAUAUAGGUGUAUACUUUUGAAAUACUUAUAUCAAUCAAAGUUUAAUCUUAAAAUAGAUAAAUACAACAGCACUUUCUCUAUGGAAAUUUUAGUAGUAAUGCAAUUCCUGCUCUUGAGAUAAAGAAAAGAUAUUUUUCUUCAAAUUAUUUUUGUCCACAUUUUUAAGAGAGUGAUACCAGCUCAUUUGCUUAAGUGAAUGGUGUGUUUGCUUUAGCACAGAUGCAGAAAUUACUUGACUGAAUUUGUUUUGUGAUCUUAAGAAACAUAGGAUUUAUUUUUAUUUGCAGAUGACUGCUAAUUUAGGAUCCUAGAAUCUGAGGUACAUCACUUCAGCACAUUUUGUCUUUCUGCUUUCCAUAGAUUCAAGUUGCCCUUAAUUUCUUUGAAAGUCAGUUUUAAAUGCAGGUGCUUAUCAACCCUUCAAAAGAGGCCAUAGAUGACUCAAAGCUGCAGGCAUUGUCAUGUAAAGUUAAGAAAUCUUUUGCCUUUAACAAUAGUCUCUUCCAAGUGGGUGGUGAUGAGAACGAGCUAGUAGUACAUCUACUGACACUGUUUCUGCACUGCCGAUGAGGAGAAAAUUUAAUUCUCCAGGGCUGUCAAUCCAGCAUGAAAUUCAGAUAUUUUUAAAAUUAUUAUUUUAACUCUGUGAGUCAUUCUGUGAUAUGUAAGGAUAUGUGCAAUAAAUAGAUAAUAGGUUAGAUCUAGCCAAAGUGUUUCAGUGUGACACUGAAGACGCACUUGUUAUGCUUUUUUGUCUUGGUGUCAUUUUGUAGCAGUAUUUCUAGAUAUGCAAAAUCAGUGAUUCAAGUUUAGGUAAUUAGAUUUUAAAUUCUGCUCAUUAUCUUCAUAUUAAGAAAAAAAAUCCCACAAAGAAAAUAUAGCAAGAGUGUGUGGUUGUCAUUUCAGACACAAAUUCAUGUCUCAGUCUGAGUCAGUUCCACUUAUCAUAUCUGAUCUCUCAAAACAAGUCCUGCAACAGAACUGAUAACACAUAAUGCUGUAUGAAAACAGAAGUAUUCGUGAAGAUCUAAAAUUCUCCAUAAUUCUAGUAGCAGUUUGUUUGCUGCACAAACAAGAAUUUUGAUUAUCAUUGAUUUAGCCUUAAUGAAUACAGAUGUAUUUAGUCAUGCAGUUAUUCAGCAUUUAGAUAUCUAGCCAUAAUAUUUGACUCAGUGAUAUUGUCAGCAUUGAUGCUGAGAAUUUAAAAUGCUAAACACUGAUGAGUGUUCUCAGUAGUAUGUGGAAAAGUUUGUUAUCAGUUGUUUGUUGUUUGUUUUUUUUCUCAGCAGAAUAUGUUAAAGAGCAAUAAUGGAGAAUAAACUAUACUAAAUACUUUUCUCUUACUGUUUAGCAGAGUUUCUGUUUCUUGUCAUGAGAAAAUUGUACCUCACAAAACUUCUUCAUGUGCAAAUCUUGUAGAAGUUCUCCACGUCUUUAAAUGUUAAAGUUGUUUGUCCAUCACAUAUCAUACAUAUGCAUACCAUGCAUACAGCAAUGUAUGAUACCUACAGAUGAGUUAAAAUCUGAGCAUAUACAGUCUAACAUAGUUAGAUUUUAGAGCUGGAUUCCUCUACAAAUUUAGAUGAUUAUUUUAGAAUAAGAAUUAUGAAAUCCAUUUACCAUACUAAUCAGUUUAAUAUUUAUCUUCCUUUACUAUGUUGAUCAUAAUUUAAUCUUCCUCUUGAUAUAGCAUUUCUAUCCUUUUUUUUAAACUUAUAUACACAAUAUACCUAUAACAACUUGCUAGUAAUUACAUGUUCAAAACCAUAUAGAGUUGCCAUGCCCUGUCCCACUGCAUGGGUCAGGCAUCAAUAUCAAAGAACUAAUUCCAAACCGUUCCUAUCAUAUCUCUCAGCUGAUUCAGUAGGCAGAGUGAAUUUAAAAUACAAAAUUGGUUUAACUUUCACUUCACUCUGUAGAGAAUUCUUGUUAAGGGCAAGCACAUGGUCAUUUCAAAAAUUCUCAGAGCAAGAGGAGAGGACUUCUGAUUUAAGAUUAAGACAGAAAAGCCCAUCAAAAGAAUGAGCAUAUUUCUUUCUGCUAGUGAAGAAGUUUAUGAGUUGCCUAUCAAAGAAAGGUAUCUGAUAUUGAUAUUGUGUCAUGAAUGUGUCCUCCAGAAACUAAGUAGAAGCAUGUAAUGGGAGUUAAUAUUUCAACCAGUAUUAAGGAAAUGAAACAAAUUAAUGAUUUAGCUGUUACACAUGUGUUUACAACGUACUCUUUCUUUAUGAUGGUCUCUAUAAUCUCUAAUUUCCUGAAAUCUGGAGUCAUUCUGAGAGAAAAAUGGAUAGGAAACUCACAUGGUAAAAAAGCUGUCACCCUUUGAUUUCCCUAGUUCUGCUAUCUUCAGGAGGAAAAACAAACAUGCAAUUAUAUUUUGUCAUUGGAAUUUCAAGUAUCGUAUCUAUAAGUUGUAUUAGUUUUCCCCAAAAAGGGUUAUAAAUUAUAAACAACUAAUCUGAUCCUGGUUAUUUUUAUCUUUAACUUCUAUACUGGCAAAGAGAGAUUUUUCUUAUUGCUGUUGGCUUUUAAUUGUUAAAUAACUGGAGACAGUGGUCUUAUAAUGCAACAGUUUCCAGGGACUGUUGUUGCAGUAUUUGUUGGGGCAGUGAGAAAGCUUUAAUUCAACUAUCCUUGACACAGCAGGACUUUUUGACACCUCAGAUUGUUUCAUUCCUUGCCAUCCUAUCAUUCUAGCUCACAUUCUUAUUUUCCUGUAGUAUUCCACAACAUGAGAAGUCUUAACACACUUCAUCACCUCGUUUUUGCCCAUGGCAAUCAAUAUAUUCAGAAAGUGAAUAUACUGUAUUUUUGAGUAAUCUGCUUCAGACAACUCUUCUCACUGUGGUAUUUAACCAAGAUCUAGACCCUAUACAGGUGAAGAAAUCAAGACAUAAGGAAUAGAGGGGUUUGUCAGUGUUGCUAUGCUUUGGUGUUAAAUCUCAUUAAUGUUUAAAAGUGAGUUAUUUCUCAUUCAGUUUAAUAUAUGUGUUUUUAUUUAACCUGGGGUAUUUUUCCCCAAACAAAGUUUUUAUAUUCUCUUCCCAAUUAUAUAAAUCAAAGGUUCUUUUUCCUUUGGGUGUUGGAUUCAGACAGGAGUAGCUAUUUAGUUUUGCAAAAUCAAUAAGAAGAAUCCCUGACAUGGAAUAUAAAAUAAUUCCAUGGGAGGAAGGGAAAUAGGACCUUUAUUUCUAUUUGUAUGUUGUCUCUGAGAAGUUACUAAUAUGGCCUUCACAAUUUUAUCUGAGGAGAAAUAUUUAGUGCGAUAAAUCAAUAAAUCAUUGAAUGUUGAUACCAUGGCUUGCCUAUAUCUAGUGCUCACCAAGAUUUGACUGCAGAUCUGAAAAGGUUUCUAACUCCAGUCUGUUUUUUCCCCCUCUGCCUAUUUGUUGUUCAUGCUAAUCUUGGUGUCUUUUUUACUUUGUGUUGGAGUUUCUCCUAUAGUUCAGCUGUGCCACUAUUUGGAAGCAUUUAUAAGGAAAAAAGAGGAGAAAAAAGCCUCAAUAAACAAAUCCUAGCAAGGCUUUGUUACUGUGUUCAACUUUUGUUUGUCGUGUAAUCAGUAAAAGAAAAUGUCUGGAAUAUUGCAACACCUACUCAAUGUGCGUGCAUAUCAUUGUAUCCACCCUUAACAAAUCCGUCAGUAAUGCCAGGGUGAUGAGGAAUGAUUAAUGGUAGGAGCUACUGAAGUAAACAGCCUUACAAGUAGGAAUAAUUGUAGGACUGAAUUUUUGCAUGGAUUUCUGGCUGGUUUUGAGACCUUCUAUAUUUUAUAUAUGCUUAAAGUACCACCAUUGUUUUUCUUCUGAAAGGUGUUUUAUUCUGUUCAUCACCAGAAGUAAUCCUUUUAACAAGAAACUCUUCCCUAGACCUUGAAGAUCAGAUGUGAUUCAGUAAGGUAGAGAGGCAGGCGUGGAGAGAAUCAAACAGCCCAUCUUGAGAUCAUGCAAAGGCUCUGGAAAUACAAUUCCAGUGAGGCCUGGCUAUAACACUUUUGAUGCCCACAUCACUAGCAGCAGUCCUACAAGCACCAACGGGUGGAUGCUGUGGGGGGUCCAGGCAGCUCUGUGGAACAGUCUCCAAUGGGCUAGUAGGAUGAGAAGGUCCAGGGGUAGUUUGGGAAACGAGGAGAAACAUCACCUCCCCAGACGGUAAACCUACUGAAAAGACGAUUCAAACUCCAGAAGGACCAACACCAAAUAAAUUAUGAAUGUUGAACAAGAUGACCUUACAUCCACAGCAGAUAAUGAUAGGUCCUAGGUUUAACAGGGCCCUAUUUGACCCCCUGCUUGUGGUGCUGUUGGCUCUUCAGCUUCUUGUGGUGGCUGGUCUAGUGAGGGCUCAAACUUGCCCUUCUGUCUGCUCCUGCAGCAACCAGUUCAGUAAAGUGAUUUGUGUACGGAAAAAUCUUAGAGACGUGCCAGACGGCAUCUCCACCAACACCCGGCUACUCAAUCUCCAUGAGAACCAGAUUCAAAUCAUUAAAGUUAAUAGCUUCAAGCAUCUGAGGCACCUAGAAAUCCUGCAGCUCAGCAGGAAUCACAUCAGAACAAUUGAAAUAGGGGCUUUCAAUGGUCUGGCCAAUCUCAACACUUUGGAACUCUUUGACAAUCGUCUGACCACUAUCCCAAAUGGGGCUUUUGUAUACCUAUCAAAACUGAAGGAACUGUGGUUGAGAAACAACCCCAUUGAGAGCAUCCCUUCUUAUGCUUUUAACAGAAUCCCUUCUCUCCGGAGGUUGGAUUUGGGGGAAUUGAAAAGGCUUUCUUACAUCUCAGAAGGUGCCUUUGAAGGUCUGUCCAACUUAAGGUAUUUGAACCUUGCCAUGUGCAAUCUUCGAGAGAUUCCUAACCUUACUCCACUUGUAAAACUGGAUGAGUUAGAUCUUUCUGGGAAUCAUCUGACUGCCAUCCGGCCAGGUUCUUUCCAAGGGUUAAUGCAUCUUCAGAAAUUGUGGAUGAUACAGUCCCAGAUUCAAGUGAUAGAAAGGAAUGCUUUUGAUAACCUUCAGUCACUUGUAGAGAUCAACCUGGCACACAACAAUCUAACACUACUGCCUCAUGACCUGUUCACACCGCUCCGCCUAGAAAGGAUCCACUUGCAUCACAAUCCUUGGAACUGCAACUGUGAUAUCCUUUGGCUCAGCUGGUGGAUUAAAGACAAGGCACCCUCCAACACUGCAUGCUGUGCCCGUUGCCACACGCCCCCCAGUUUAAAAGGAAGGUACAUUGGUGAGCUGGACCUGAAUUACUUCACAUGUUAUGCUCCAGUCAUAGUGGAGCCACCAGCAGAUCUCAACGUCACAGAAGGCAUGGCUGCAGAGAUGAAAUGUCGGGCAUCGACCUCCCUGACUUCCGUAUCUUGGAUUACUCCAAAUGGAUCUGUCAUGACUCAUGGGGCAUACAGAGUUCGGAUUGCUGUGCUCAGUGAUGGCACAUUAAAUUUUACCAAGGUAACUGUGCAAGACACAGGUUUGUACACAUGCAUGGUGAGUAACUCUGUUGGGAAUACCACAGCUUCUGCCACGCUGAAUGUGACCGCCCUGGAUAACCCUGGUUACACGUACUUUUCAACCGUCACGGUAGAGACUGUGGAACCUUCUCAGGAUGAGGCACAGACCACAGAGCAGGUUGGGCCCACACCAGUUACCAACUGGGAAACCAUUAACAUGACAACCUCACUCACUCCACAGAGCACAAGAUCAACAGAAAAAACGUUCACCAUUCCUGUGACGGACACAAACAACGGGAUCCCAGGAAUAGAUGAGGUUAUGAAGACUACCAAAAUCAUAAUUGGUUGUUUUGUGGCUAUCACUCUCAUGGCUGCUGUGAUGCUGGUAAUUUUCUACAAAAUGAGGAAACAGCAUCACCGGCAGAACCAUCAUGCUCCAACACGGACUGUAGAGAUCAUUAAUGUGGAUGAUGAGCUUACAGGGGACACACCCAUAGAGAGUCAUUUGCCCAUGCCAGCAAUAGAGCAUGAGCACUUAAAUCACUAUAACUCUUAUAAAUCUCCUUUCAACCACACAACAACAGUUAACACAAUAAAUUCAAUACACAGUUCAGUGCAUGAACCGUUAUUGAUCCGAAUGAACUCGAAAGACAAUGUUCAAGAGACUCAAAUCUAAAACAUUUAUGACAUUAAGGGGUGGGGUGGGGGGGACAACAAAAGAUGGUUUAUAAAACAAAUGACACAAAUGACUGGGCUAAAUCUACUGUUUCAAAAGUGUCUUUACAAAGAAAAAGAAAUUUAUUUAUUAAAAAUUCUAUUGUGAUCUAAAGCAGACAAAAUUAUGUGUAUUCCUCAGAACCUGUUUUUGCUGCAGUUAUUUACCCUCCUCGUUCCCUUUUUCCUGCCCAAGCUACCCUGACUCCCAUUUGCCAUAUUUUUCAUAGGAGAUCUUGAUUCCCUAAAAGAACUGAUCUAGGAAAUUUUGUAAGAAUUCUGUUACACUUUGGGAAUUUUUAUGGUGAAUUCUAGUGGUGAGAUUCGGUCUAUUUUGUCACUUUCUCUUUUUUCUUUUGUUUUCUCAUGCCCUUUUUGAAAUUAUUCAACAGAGAAUGGAGUAAUAACAGUAACUUUGCAAGUGAGAAAAACAAGUAAACCUUUUUUUUCUCCAUGUAAUGAUUUGCUCUGUAUUUGCCGAAAGCGCCAUUCUGUGAAAAAAAUGGAAAAAAAAGUAAAAAAAAAAAUCAAACCAAAAAUUAAUUUACUUGUGAAAGCCUAUAAAACCCAUGAUCUUUUAAGCAAUUCUAGAAUCCGAAUUUGUAGUUCAAACACUAAACUAAGAUUAUAAAUAAAAUAUUGGUUUUUUUCUGUA